UAUAGUAAAAUUUUGGCAUGCUUAAUUUUUACGGGACUUAGUGAAUAAAAACCGUUUUCUGAAAUUAUUAUGAAAAUGGAGUGGAAACCUGAACAAGAAGGAUUAAGACAAAUAUUAACACUCCUUAAGGAAUCCCAGUCUCCAGAUACAGCGACACAAAGAGAUGUUCAACAAAAAUUGGAAGAAUUAAACAAGUAUCCGGAUUUUAAUAACUAUUUGAUAUUCGUUUUGACCAAACUACAUAAUGAAGAAGAACCAACACGCUCUUUGAGCGGUUUAAUUUUGAAAAAUAAUGUAAAGUCACAUUACAAUAGCUUUAUGCCUGAAGUUGCUGAGUUUAUUAAGCGGGAAUGUUUAUCUGCUGUUGGAGACCCUUCACCACUCAUCCGUGCCACAGUUGGAAUUAUCAUUACUACGAUUGCCAGCAAAGGUGAAUUAACCUCAUGGCCUGAACUCUUGCCCGCCCUGUGUCAGAUGCUUGACUCUCAGGAUUAUAAUGUUUGUGAGGGUGCGUUCGGAGCUCUGCAAAAAAUAUGUGAAGAUACAACUGAGUUACUGGACAGUGAUGCAUUAAACAGGCCAUUGAAUGUAUUGAUACCGAAAUUCUUGCAAUUCUUCAGGCACUCAUCACCAAAAAUCAGAUGCCAUGCCAUUGCUUGUGUCAAUUAUUUCAUUCUGGGACGAACACAAGCCCUAAUGUUGCACAUUGAUUCUUUUAUUGAGAAUUUAUUCCAUUUAGCAGCAGAUGAAGAUGCAGAUGUUAGAAAAAAUGUUUGUCAUGCACUAGUAUUACUUUUGGAAGUUCGUUUGGAUAGACUUAUACCCCACUUGCCGAACAUAAUUGAAUACAUGUUGGUGCGUACUCAAGACCCUGAAGAAGGUGUGGCUUUAGAAGCAUGUGAAUUUUGGUUGUCCCUGGCAGAACAGAAUGUUUGUAGAGAGGUUCUGGGUCCACGUUUACCAGCACUGCUGCCAGUGUUAGUACGCGGCAUGCGCUACUCAGAGAUGGAUGUGAUCUUGCUGCGAGGUGACCGCGACGAUGAUGCGGACGAUGCUGAACCAGAUCGCGAAUCUGAUAUACGCCCUCGCUUUCACAAACCUCGCUCACAUACUAUCAAACACAAUGCGGGCGCAGGUGACAGCAACAUGUCGGGUGGCGGUGAGUCGGACGAUGACGACGACGGCGGCGCGGACGCGGACGACGGCUCGCUGUCCGACUGGAACCUGCGCAAGUGCAGCGCCGCCGCGCUCGACGUGCUCGCCAACGUGUUCGGCGCAGACCUACUGCCCGUGCUCUUCCCUAUCCUGAAGGAGACGCUGUUCCACGAGGAAUGGGUUAUUAAGGAGAGCGGCAUUCUGGCGCUGGGAGCGGUGGCGGACGGGUGUAUGGGCGGCAUGGUGCCGCAUCUACCCGACUUGGUCCCGUACCUGGUGUGUUGCUUGGCCGAACGGAAGGCGCUUGUACGCGCUAUCACCUGCUGGACGCUGUCGCGUUACUCACAUUGGAUUGUCUCGCAGUCACAUGACCUAUACCUGCGACCAGUCAUGACAGAGCUGUUGAAGCGCGUAUUAGACAACAACAAGCGCGUUCAAGAAGCGGCGUGCUCGGCCUUCGCCACCCUCGAGGAAGAGGCUUGCACAGAACUGGUGCCGUACCUUGGAUAUAUUCUUCAGACGCUCGUUUACGCCUUCAGCAAGUACCAGCACAAGAAUCUACUUAUUUUAUAUGACGCUAUCGGCACUCUAGCCGAUUCUGUGGGACAUCACCUGAACAAACAAGAAUACAUCAAUCUAUUGAUGCCACCUCUUAUCACCAAGUGGAAUGUACUUAAAGACGAAGAUAAAGACUUAUUUCCGCUUCUCGAGUGCCUGUCAUCAGUUGCUACCGCAUUGCAGUCUGGAUUUCUGCCAUAUUGCGAGCCUGUAUUUAGAAGAUGUGUGUCAUUAAUAGAACAGACAUUAAAUCAAAAUAUUGCUAACAGCCAGUCUCCCGAACAAUUUGAGGCUCCUGAUAAAGAUUUUAUGAUUGUAGCUUUAGAUUUAUUAAGUGGUCUUGCAGAAGGUCUGGAUGGACAUAUUGAUCAUUUAGUAUUGAAUUCAAACUUGAUGCAGUUACUCUACCAAUGCAUGCAGGAUCCCAUGCCCGAGGUAUAUCUUGUACGCCAGUCUUCGUUCGCGUUGUUGGGAGAUCUGACUAAGGCUUGUUUCCAGCACGUACAUCCAUACAUACCCGAGUUUCUACCCAUAUUGGGCAUGAACCUCAAUCCUGAACUAAUUUCCGUUUGCAAUAAUGCUACAUGGGCUAUCGGCGAAAUAAGUAUCAAAUUAGGACCGGAAACAUCUAAAUACAUCCCUCUCGUAUUGAAUCAUUUAGUCGAAAUAAUCAAUAACCCUAACACACCGAAAACACUUCUCGAGAACACAGCGAUUACUAUCGGUCGGCUAGGUUAUGUGUGCCCCCACGACGUCGCACCCGUAUUACAUCAAUUUGUACGCCAGUGGUGUGCAUCGCUUCGGAACAUCCGUGAUAACGACGAGAAAGACUCCGCUUUCCGAGGCAUCUGUCAGAUGAUUCAGGUCAAUCCAGGCGGCGUGGUGCCAGACUUCAUGUUCUUCUGCGACGCGGUCGCCUCAUGGUCACACCCUAAGGACGAUCUAAAGGAAAUGUUCACCAAGAUCUUGCACGGAUUCAAGAACCAAGUGGGCGAGGAGAACUGGCGCACAUUCACCGACCAAUUCCCUAUGCAGCUCAGCGCUCGGCUCUCUGCCAUGUGUGGAAUAUAAGACACGAUUACUUAUUUUAUGGGGAAUCAAUGUCAACAUGGGUCGGGAAGACAUUGCGGGUGCGAAGCGCAGCCGCCAAUCGCUGCUAUGGACGCCACUUAUUGUGCCAACACAUUGACCUCAAUACAUUAGCGACCAUAUUUUCUGAUUUUCAUUACUGCAUGUACCUAUCAGGAAUGUUAUCUAGGCUGUAAACCAUUACACUUAGGUUCCGAUCAUUCGUCGUACCUGAAAUUGUUCAUAGUGGAAAUUAUUCUUGAUAGCAGUGACUACCCCUUAACAUUAGCACUGACAAUGGGUGUUAUAAAUAUGAUAAUGAUGGGCGACAGCGUCGGCUCCGCACGGUGGGGCGAGCUGCUAUGGGGUGCUAGGCUUACUGUACUCGUAUAUUAAAUGUCGCACGUUGCAUGCUUACGUGCCGUUGUAUUUUCGUUAACAGAACGAGUGUUAACUCACUGGCCUGUAGUCGUAGUUCUAAUCACCAAAUUGUUUUUAACAAUGUGGCAUGUGGUCGGUAUAUGUAUAACAAUAAUUGCAUGAACGUUAGUGAUAGAUUAUAGUAGUAACAUGAUCCGUUUUGUUUAUUUGUAUGAAAGUAAAAUUACUGAGUUUCGUUGAAAAGAUUAUGCAGUGAAACACUACUGUGACAGUAGUUUUGGAAUGUUAAAUUUAUUUCAAUUGUACAUCGAAUCAUUACGGGAUUAGGUCUGCGACAUAACACAGAUUUUAUUAUAAUUUAAGUUUAUUAUGAAUAUCGAAUAAUUUAUCGUCAGUCCGGACAAUGAGCUGGUUUUGAUUUGAUGUGAUUAAAAAGACUUCUCGUUUAUAGUACAUUUUCAACGUGCAUUCACUUGUUGGGCUAUGAGUCCACACGGAGGUGCGGUUGUUUAGUAUUUAGAGUAACUGAUGCCAUUUACUGCUCAACCAAUUGAUCACAUGUUUUUAUUUCUAGUUAUUCGUCGACUAACACUAAUUGUACUUUGGAUUUAACAAUAAGUGAAUUGUGAGUGACUUCAAUGUGAUUUCUAUCGUAACAGAUAUAUUUGGAACUUAUUACAAAAGCAUUUAUGACUCCACUAGAGCUUUUCUAAAAUAUACACCUUAGUAUUUUUAAAUUGAUGUGUUAACUAUUAUUUUAUGUAAAUUACAAGACUUAGUGAAAUUGAGAAUUUAUGUAAACUGUGAUUUGUGACUGGUUUAUUUUGACUAAUAUAUGUGUAUGAUUAUAUGUCUGUGUCAGUGUAGAUAUAAUAUACUGCUUUGAUAGUUUUUAUGACGGCUAGACUUCUGCUAUAUAAUAUACCAAAUAGUAUUUUUACGUUGUAUAUUGUUUUGAUGGAUUUGUAUGUUUGUGUUUCUCAUUCUGAUCGACACUGGUGGUAGAGGAACGACGUAGAUUCUAACAUAUAAUACAGUUUAUACAUCUAUAUGUUCAGAAUUCUAAGCUGGUUCGACUUAUGCACUUUAUGCUAUUUGCGAUUUUAUAUAAAUAUCUCCAGUGUGGGCUUACUUUGAGAAACUUAUAUGAUUGAUAUAAAGUACUAUUUACGUGUAUAUUAAUUUAAAGUAAUAUUAUGUAUAUGUAAAUACAUAUUGCGGUGUAUAUUAUUAUAAUUAUUGUAUGCAAGUAAAAUUGUUAUAUUUUGUUUUAUAAAAGCUAAAAGUCUGACUUUAAACAUUUGUUGUAUAUCCUUUUGUUUUUUCGGAUAACGGGGAUCUGAAAUGUUUAGUACAAUCAUACGCAGUAUAUUUUACUGGAUACAUUCGUUUCGACUAAUGUAUACAUUAAAUGUACAACAUUCCUUUGGAAUAAAAAUCAAUUGUGGGAUUUGUCACAUUAUUGUUAUAUGUAUAUAUUUUAAUUUCAAUCUGAUAACGAGGCUAUCCAUAUAUUAUUUGACACCAAUUGCAGCAAUUUUAAUCGGGGACGGUUUCCCAUCUUUUUGUCACAUUUUGAUAGUAAAAUUUCGCGGUAUUGUUGCUAAAUUUGGUAAUAUAAGACCUGGAGUGAAAUUGGACCUAGAUUUUACAUUAUUUACAUGAAUUUUAUUUGACAUAAUCCUACCGUGUAAGGAAAUGUAUGGAUGGCCCCUCUAGUAUUGCAUUUGACUAAAUUUCAGGUUUCAGUUCUCGUAGGUCCUCGAUCGGUCCUCGACCUCCCUUGAGUCAGUUCCUAUCCCAAGUCCUAUCUAGUCCCAUUCCUUGUCAUGUGCCAACGAAGCCCAUCACAUGCUUGAAUGAAUGCUUGUCCUUGUAUCUUCAAGUUACACGCCCUAGAAUUGUGUGUUAAUUCAACUUGACAGACUGAGGUUUGCAUUAUUUAAUAAAACAAAUAAACGGUACCAACAUAUACCCGGUACUAAUAGGACGUAUUAAAAAUUAUUGUAUAGCUAAAUGCAGUGCUGCCUCCCGAUUUAAAUUUGAAAAACUGUAUUUAUUUUUAAGUAGAAUCUUUUUAUAAAUAUUACGGGUGGCAACGUAAUUUAUUUUUAAGGUUAGUAGACUUUAUUGUCAUCAUUUUAUUGUAGUGAUUUAUUUUUCCUAAAAAAAUGAAACCGUGAUAAUAGAUUAAGUGUGCGCAUGCUGUGUGGGUGAAUGAGGCGGCAUUCGUGAGGCACUCCCAUCCUUGUGGCGUAGUCAUAUUACGAGAUAUAUUUGUAUCGUGCAGACGAGCGUAGUCGAUGUAUUGUAGGGUAUAUGCGAAACAUAGAUAUAUAUUUAUGUGAUUAUUUUGUGUUAAAUUUUCAUUAAUAUAAUAUCGCAAAUCACAUUGUAAACUCAAUGAUAUAUAUGUUUAUUUAUUUAUUAAAAACCCAGUCAUCAAAUUAUAUUAUAGGUAUUUAGUUAAUAACAAUUUCAAUGUCAUAAGCUCGGUGGCUUGAUUAUGUAACAUAGUUGCUACCAAUUCUAAUUCGAAUCGUAAUUAAAUUUGCAUUUUUGUGAUAUGUAUGAAUAUUUCUAUAGUUAUAAUUACAGUUGCAGGUAAUAUAUGAAUACGACGAUUGACACUGUCAAAUAGUAUAUCCAUAAUACCAACCCUGUCAAUUUGUAACCUCUUUCAAACAAAAGUGUUUAAUAACUGCGUUACAUAAUCAACCCCUUGAUCCAUUGUUACAUUCCCUCUUAUAUUUUUGUGCAAUAUCUUUAAUUAAAUCUAAAAUAACAGCUAUCAACCUUGUAUAAAUUGGAUUGUCUUUAGUUAUAAAUCAUUUAUAUAACGAUUAGAUUCAGAUGACAAUAGCGCUGAGGAAAAGAUUCAAUGAAUUAUUCUACAUGAUAGUAACAUUUUAUAUCAAAACAAAAUUUAAGUCGUUUAAGGAACGAUUUCCUUCUUAACAAAACUACUUUUAUUAAAACAUUAUACCCAAAUAAAUGGAUUUUGUAAUGUGCAAAUGAGUAUUCGUCUUGCAUAAAUAUUUAUAUUAUUAAAUAGGUAUACCCACCUCUUCGAAAUGACACUACUCGACAAUUUAUUUUGUAUUAACAAGUAUAUUUUAUUUAUAUUAAUUUUACAUAUAUAAUAUGUGAUUUAUCUAUAUAAUGUUUAUUCAUAAAAAUAUUGAGUCAUUAUAAUUAAUUUACAUUAUUCCAUUUCUCUUUAUGAAUCUUUCGAUUCGAUUAUUCAUUAUAUACCUAUUAUAAAACUUUGUAAUCGCGUAAAGUUUUAAUAUUUCGAAGAAACUGUUCAGAAAACAGUGUGAAAUUGUUAUGUCUAUUUAUAACAAAAAUAAGAUAUUUGUGACUUAAUUUGUAUACUUGCAUUUUUAUCUUAGAAGUGAGUACUUACAUUAUUAUAUUAUGUAACAGGAGCUGCGUCUUUUGGCCUCAAUAUAAGCAUUGGUUUGUUAAAAUAAAGUGUCUAUGUAACUAAUUAAUAUCUGUUUAAUUGUAAAAGUAUUAAAAUUUUAGUAUUUCAUGUGUUAUGUGUACUCACUUCCCGAAACUUGUAAUUAUUAAAAGUACAUUGCAAGUGUUAACACUAUUAUCUUGCAAUACAUAUAAUACCUGAUUGUAAUACAAACAUUUUACAAUAGACAUUCUUUUACCGUACAUUUCGUUAAUAAAAGCACUCAUUGUUCAA